CUUCCGGAUCCUCCAUUUCUUCAUCAACAGCAUCAUGUCGCAUAGAAAGUUCAGCGCCCCUCGACAUGGGUCGAUGGGGUUCUACCCAAAGAAAAGAUCCCAAAGACAUCGCGGAAAAGUGAAGGCUUUCCCAAAGGAUGAUUCCAACAAGCCUGUUCACUUGACCGCCUUUAUCGGUUACAAAGCCGGUAUGACUCAUGUUGUUAGGGAAGCCGAUCGUCCUGGAUCAAAGGUAAAUAAGAAGGAGAUUGUAGAAGCGGUUACUAUCCUCGAGACACCACCAAUGAUUGUAGUUGGUCUCGUUGGAUACAUUGAAACACCGCAUGGACUUAGAGCACUUGCAACUGUUUGGGCGGAACAUUUAUCGGAGGAUUGCCGCAGACGCUUCUACAAGAAUUGGUACAAGAGUAAGAAGAAGGCAUUUACAAAAGCUUCGAAGAAAUGGCAAGACGAUCUUGGCCGCAAGUCUAUUGAAGCUGAUUUGAAGAAGAUUAAGAAGUAUUGCAGCGUUGUUCGCAUUAUCGCCCAUACUCAGAUGAAGCUGUUGAGGCAACGUCAAAAGAAAGCUCACAUCAUGGAAAUUCAGUUGAAUGGUGGAACCAUUGAAGACAAAGUGCAAUGGGCGCGCGAACAUCUGGAAAAACCUGUGCCCGUUAGUAAUGUCUUUGCCUCUGACGAGAUGAUCGACGUGAUUGGAGUUACUAAGGGAAAGGGUUAUAAAGGCGUUACAUCCAGAUGGCACACUAAGAAAUUGCCACGCAAGACUCACAAGGGUCUGAGGAAGGUUGCUUGUAUCGGUGCAUGGCAUCCAAGUCGCGUGUCCUUCACCGUUGCGCGCGCUGGUCAAAAAGGGUAUCAUCACCGUACUGAAAUGAAUAAAAAGAUCUAUAGAAUCGGACAAGGCAUCCACACCAAGGAUGGCAAGAUCGUGAAAAAUAAUGCUUCCACGGAAUACGAUCUUACCGAGAAGACAAUCACGCCUAUGGGUGGCUUCCCCCACUAUGGUGAAGUAAACAAUGAUUUCGUUAUGAUCAAGGGAUGUUGCAUGGGUCCGAAGAAACGUGUGAUUACUCUAAGGAAGUCUUUGUUGGUGCAUACGAAGAGAGCUGCAUUGGAAAAGAUCAACCUCAAGUUUAUCGAUACUAGCUCCAAGUUUGGACAUGGUCGCUUCCAGACCGCCGCCGACAAGGCCUCCUUCAUGGGACAACUCAAAAAGGAUCGCUUGCGCGAGGAUCAAGCGCAAGCCACCAGCUCAGCGCCGAGCGCUGCGGCUGCGCAGUAAAAUCCUAUGCACACGUGUUCGCCAUGUAUUGUGCAUCUAAAAUAAAUUUUUAAAAAUUA